AUGCUUCAGAAGCCCGACCACAGCAUCCUCAACAUGGACUCUGAGCUCCUCCAGACGUACAUCGCGCAGCUCCAGUACGAGAUCACCCGCCACAUCGCUCUCAACAUGCAGCUGGAGCAGAUCAACAACGACCUCCGAAUGCAGCAAGCCAUGGCCGAGGAGCAGCAGGCGACUAUGGUCGGUUUGCUUGGAGUCGUUCAGAAGGGCAAUAAGCAGCUUGCGGAGGGACUGCAGAGCCUUCGCAAGGGACAGGCGGCGCUUGAGAAGGAGCAGCAGAGACUCGAGGACCUGGAUAAGAAGCUCAAGGCCCAGGAGGAGAUGAUCAAAGACAAGAUGGAGGUACUUGAUGACAUGGCGAAGCUGGUGGACAAGCGGUUCGAGGAUUUUAUGCGUCGCGCCGCCAAUCGCAGCAAGCUGAUGGAGGGCAACGACAAGAUGGAGGAGGGCGACAGCAAGAAGGAGAAGGGCAACGAGAAGACGGAGUAA